ACACGCUAAGAAGUCAGAGCAACUCUUAUUGACAGCUGAAAGGAGCCGUCGAUGGCUGGUGCUACCGGCGGCGCCGGUUCUUCCAAUCCCUCACCGGCGCCUGCGCCGAAAAUCCUUCUAGCGAAGCCCGGUUUGGUCACUACCGGUUCUGUCUCUAGUAAACUCAUCCGCAGCGGCGCUGCCGGUGGCGGCGGUGGCGGCGCAGAGGACGAGUCGGUUUCGCUCCGAUCGCGGCUUCCGCCGAUUGGUUCUCUCAAUCUCCUCUCCGAUUCUUGGGAGUUUCACACUGAUCGGUUUCUCCCUUUUUUGACUGAUAAUACAGAUUUUACAGUCGUUGGGGUGAUUGGUCCGCCGGGGGUGGGGAAAUCAACCAUUAUGAACGAGCUUUAUGGCUUUGAUGGAAGCUCACCUGGAAUGCUACCACCUUUUGCAAUCCAGUCGGAGGAUAUUAGAGCAAUGGCAAGGCACUGUACAGUUGGCAUUGAACCAAGAAUUUCUGCUGAACGGCUUAUACUUCUUGAUACCCAGCCUGUGUUUAGUCCUUCUGUUUUAGCUGAGAUGAUGAGGCCUGAUGGCUCAUCUACAAUUUCUGUUUUAGGCGGAGAAUCUCUAUCGUCCGAGUUGGCUCAUGAACUUAUGGGUAUACAGCUUGGUGUUCUCCUAGCAUCCAUUUGCCAUAUUUUGCUGGUGAUAUCAGAUGGAGUACAUGAUAUUAACAUGUGGCGCUUGAUGUUGACGGUUGACUUGUUAAAACAUGGUAUACCUGACCUAUCAUCAUUAACUCCUUCCCAUUCACAAAACUCUAAUUUGGGGUCUGACAAAGAAGGCAAAGACAAAGUUCUGGAAGGUGGAGAAGAAUACUUGGCAGCUCCCAUUUUUGUCCAUACAAAACUGCGAGAUCAAGAUAUCACUCCGCGUAAUUUUGUUCAUCUGAGGAAGGCACUCGCACAAUUUUUCAGCUCCUCCACAUUUGUGAAAGAAAAAUGUGGAAACACAACCAAGGAGCAUCUCGUUUCUUCUGUGCCCCCUAAUAUGCCAAGUACUGAUUUGGAUUCAACACUGCCAAAUUUAUUUUUAGUCCCAUGUAAGAGUAAAGUCGAUUCCCCAAGAGCUCAGUAUGAAAGCUAUACCUCUAUGUUGUGGAAAUUACGGGAUCAGGUUCUGUCCAUGAACUGCCCAUCCUUUGCAAGGACCAUAUCAGAACGUGACUGGCUGAGGAACUCUGCCAAGAUAUGGGAACUAGUGAAGAACUCUCCGAUCAUUGCUGAGUACUGCAAAACACUUCAGAGUUCUGGUAUGUUCAGAAGAAACAAGAGAGAACUAGGAAGGAAUGCAAGGAAGGCAUGAAUGUUUAAAAGAUCCUCUUUUUUUCGUUUUUCGGGUUGGGAGGAAAAAAAGGGGUAAAGAAGAGGUUCAUUUGAAUUACUUGUUCGUCAUCUUUGUUUCUUUUGGUAUAUCAUUCACUGCUAGAACUUCAGAUUUCAAGGCUGAUAGGCUGAUAAAUAUUUCUUGUAUUUUUUUCGGAUUUAGUUUUUUUCCCAGUGUAGGUGAAUGAUGAUAGUAAUGUCUUCUUGCAUACAUGUGCCUGAAUGGCUGUGUUUUUUCAUUCUUUGGUUUGUAUGUGCAGGCUUCUUCUUCUUC